AUGUUUUCACCGACCGCGACCUCAGGCGGGCCGGCCACCGCGACUCGAAGCAGGCGCCGACAGCGCCCUCUGAGCUCGGAGAGCCUUGUGCCCCAACCCAAAGCAAAGCGCCAGCGGCUUCCGUUGAACGAACAGACCUUUAUCAACCCCGACACCACCGAGAUGGUCGAGGUCAGGUCCGAAAAGAUUGCAAAAUUACAACCAAAACACGAUCGGAUCAUAAGCCCGCCACAACCGAAGCAAGAUCUCAGCGUCAGAUCUAAGAAACCGAAACCUGGCGAGCGGAUCAGCAAAGGCGACGGCAGUGUUAUUUUGACUACCAACAAUGCAUACACUGUCAGCAAACUGCCAGCUCUGCCCGACCGCUUGCGUGCAGAUGUCGAAAGUCAACAACAUGGCGCAUUAUACUCGUCCACCGGCCAUGCGCUUACGCUCACGCAUACACAUGCAUUCGUCUGGCCUUACACAAUCAACAAUCCCUCGCCCGAAACAUUUGUCUUCGACCUCGACUACCCUUCGCGACACUCUUCCGAUCCCUUACCGCUCGGCUCCCUGGUAGCACCAUCAGCCUCUGCCGAUGAGCCCGGUCUUGUUGUGGUCAUGCCCGUCAGUGGCAAGAUCUCAUAUUGGGAAUCCAUUUCCAGUGCCGCAACGCUCACAUUCAUGCGCCAACAACGAAAUGGUAUCGAGAACGCUAUCCCUGGCAUGUUCUCGGGGGAGCACGUCGUUCAGAUCCUGAACGUGGAGACGGCAGGUUUUAUCCUUGCGUUCAGCAGCGGACGAAUGGCACACCUCAGCGUCAGGGAUGGCCACGGCCGUCCUACAAUAUCUGUCCAGUUUCUCCGCAGCGGCAUGUCACAGAGUGGCGGCGGGUUUUUGGGAAGUAUUCGUCAUGUUCUCAAGCACUCGGCCAUCAGGGGAGAUCUUGCUGCAGUCAGGGCAGGUCCUCCCACGAAAGCUGGAGAACGCAACAUUGCGGCCGCGACGUCCAAGGGAAAGAUCACGACCUGGAGGGUUCAGAGAGGUGGACACCAUGACGUACUCGCCGAGGUCGACGUUCGGGAUGCAAUUCUACUUAAGCUGGAGAGCCGGUCGACUGUAGGCCGUUCUUCUGGUUCAUCCUCGGGAUUCGAGAUCCUUGACAUUGCGUUCGCACCUAAGAGAUUCGAGCAGCGCGUGGUUGAAGUCCCAGAUGGUGAAUUGGCGCAGCACCUCCUCCUUCUCGUGGCCUCCGGGAACAAGUUCGAGUCCUCUUACGCCAUCAUCGAAGUCAUCGUCAAACAUUCUCACGCAGAAAUCGGCACGGUUCGCCCAAUCACAUGCUACUCAAGCCCCUUAUCCCAAGACCCGACUGUACGGCCGCGACUGUACAUCCCGAAUCCUGGCUUUGUAGCAUUCGCUGUUUUCGAUCGAGCGGUGGUCAUCUGCUCUAUAAAUGCACGACCCGAAUCGCCUGAUGCUCAACUCCAGGAUGAUCUUAGGUUGGGGCCUGGUGCAUUUGAAGACGUUGUUGAUCUGCGAGACCGGGACACGUUCGAGAUUGCCGGAUCCGGCCUCGAGGAGCCAACAACAGCAGGUCAAGAACUGGAAAGCCAACGCCUACAUCGACCCAAAACAAAAAAUCCCGCAGUCCUGCUCAUAAUACGUGGUGUGGGAGUUGUCCGCAUUGCAACAACAGACAUUGAGCGGUUUGGCGAAGAGACAUGUCCUACCAUAUCUCCAAAGAGCAAGCUAGAGCAGGCUGUCUUCUACGGCAUCAAAGACGACAAUCCUAUUGCUUUUGAUGGCAAGCGCACCCUGCCGUUCUCCAGCCAGGAAAUUGGCGAGGCAGCCUUGCAACUCAGUAACGACAUACUGAGCUCCAACUCUCCACAUCUUCUUCAUGUCCCGGCAAUUCUGGAAGGCAACUUGCGCGGACGGACUAGCUAUCUGGAAAGAUUGAUGUCAUACCUGAACUCUCUCUCCAUCGAAAUAGACCGCGAAAUCCGAUGGGGUCUGUUGUGGAAUGCAGAGAAAAUGAGCGCUGCCACCGUCUUAUGGAAGCAACAUGAGCAGUUCCUUCUCGACCGAGGCGAACGUCCAGGUAGCGACAACAGGAGCAUCAUCUCCGAAAUCGUUGAGUUCAUCCACGAGAGCGAAAAGAAGGUCCCAAACCAGAACAAGGGCGAGCUGGACAAUGUUAGACACUGGUUCACCCAUGACAUUGGCCGACUCGAAGUCUUCGUGGCCUGGGCUUAUGAAGUCAUCAAGUACAAAUAUCAGCAAAAGGUUGCCAACGAUGCUGACAUCACCCGCUUGAUGUAUGAAGCCAUGCACGUGGUUCUCGAAGCUCUUGAGGAGGCAUUUGAUUACCGUGCGAAGAAGCUUGAGUUCUAUGGCCUCGGUGAUGACAGGCUGGAGAGAGGUGUACUUCGGGACGGUUACGAGGCCCUCUCGGAGCCAUGGACAUGCGACUUCAACAUCACAACCAACACCAAGCGGAUGAUGGAUCUGGCACAUAAAUGGCUCACAUCAUACUACCCGCCUUCCGUCACCAUCUCGGCAGGGUCGCCAGACCCACGAUUAAUACAGACGAUACGAGACCGUCUGCCCUCCCUCACAGACAAAUACCUCCUCACUGUUCUGGAGCGUUCGCGCUGGGCUUUGACCAGGAAUAACCAGAAACUCGUGCACCAUGGAGAAAUAUGCCGGAAGACCUACUCAAACGACCGAUACGACAAGAUUGUGCUCCUGAAAGAUUUUGGUCUGUUCAGAGAAGCUAUCAGCAUUGCAGAAGCCCAUGACUCGAUAGAGGCUCUUGCAUUGCUGAUGGUUGAAGAGGUCAAGUCCCUACGUCAAAGAGCUCUCGACCGCGAUCAGACACCGAGUCGCGUCACAGAGCUCCGGGAAAGAGCAAGGAUCAAGCAACACGAGAUUGCCGAGUCAUUUGACCGGUUCGGCGACCAGUUUGCCUUUGCGGUCUACGAUAUUUUGCUGCGCGAGGAAGGCGUCAAAGCCGUUCUGGACUUUCCCGGAAACAGGAAAGGAUAUGCCACCAAGUUUCUCAGGGCCAAGCCAGAACUCUCCAAGAUAUCGUGGAUCAACGAUGUUGAGCAGGAGAAGGACAUUAGCCACGCUGCUGAAACCCUUAUUGAGCUCGGGCUGAACCGUGAGCAGCAAGUGUGGAACAAGAAAAUCGAGUUGAGCCUUGGCAAACUGGCGCUGCUCGCCGAGGGCGCUACCGUCAACAAGCAAGGGCCGGCUCGCAACCAGCUUGUCGUGGUUCGGGGCGAGCGUGGCGACAGAGCUGCAGCAGAUCUCACCCAGAUCAACCGCGAGCUGGCAAUAGUCGGCAUACAAGACAAGCUUUACAAUCUGAUCCUGCCGAGUGUUAAUGUGGCCGUGGAUGAAGCUGCUGCAUUGGAGCUUGCCAUGGAGUAUUGUGCGCAGAACAUCCCCAAGAAACACAAGGCACUCGCGCGUGUUUUCGAGGAUGCUAUGGGCCGUCUGCUGCGACACGAGGCGCUGGACCCGUUGACCCUUAUCGAUCUGCUUACACUGGUCUCCAUUCGACACGACCCAACCGCGCCAGGUUUCAACAUCUACGAUGAUCUCUACUUCAGUGCUUUGCGCGUUUCCCAUCUCAGCCUUCGCGGGGAGGAGCAGCAGAAUACAAACAGACUGAUCUGGAGGCGUUGCUUCAUUCGAGACGACUGGGCAAAGAUCAAUAACACUCAGUCAAAGGGAGAUGAUAUGAUGAGCAUGAUGCUGGGCUCUACUGCUACAUACCUGACGUUAUACGCGUGCCACUCGUACAGGAGUUACGAAGACAAGAAGUUCUCGCCCCUGGUCACUCCGUCCGACGCCCUGGGCGUCUACACAGAUGGACUUGAUCGUCGGUUCGAAAGUAUGGAAGAGACUGUAAAGCAAAAGCUUAUCGAGGCCAUGGUUUGGGAGAACAACGAGCUCAACAAGUAUAUCACCAAAUGUCGGCUGGACCACUGGCAUCAGACCGCGGUGCGGGAAGCCGCCAGGAUGGUGGAGGUGGAUCUUGACAAGACCACGGCUGAAGGUGCGGCUCGUGCGAAUGGAGAUCUGAAUGGUGCAUUGCGUGCCAGUGGCAGCAUUACAGCUUGA